AUGAGCUCCACUCUUGAACAUCGGUAUGAUGAAGAUCAGAUCCUACGCCUUGAUCCGAGGAAAGGCGAGCGAGACUACAGCAUCUUGAUCAUCAACCCCAAUACCUCGACGCAUAUGACCGAUGCCCUGAAGCCCAUCCUCGCAAGCUUGAACUAUCAGGAUGUUCAUAUAGAGUACUUCACUGCUCCUAACGAACCAGUCGAGGUCGACGGAACCGAGGUCCAACCAAUUGACAGCAUCAACAAUGCCGCGGAAUCUUGUCAGUCGGCAUUGAACUGCUGGUCUGUCCGGGGCCUAGUUGGCCAUUACGAUGCGUUUCUAGUUGCAUGCUACUCCGCACACCCAUUUGUCGGAAAGCUUAGGGAGGACAUCAAGUUCUUCGAAGAGGAACACCAACCACCAAGAAACAAAUAUGUCACCGGAAUCUUCGAAGCAUCUAUCACCGCUGCACUGUCCCUGGUUAGUGGAUUUGCACUGGAAAAUCCGAUUGAGCCCGCCGAAAAACUCCACAAACACCAAGAAAAGGGCAGUUUUGGCAUCGUGACCACAGGAUCUGCGUGGAAGGAGGAGCUCACCAAUGGGGUCCAAGGCGCGCUGGGUUACAGCGAUGAGGACGAAGAAUCCUCGCACUUUGCAGGCGUCGAGACUACCGGAUUGACAGCAAUUGAGCUUCAUACGACCGAGCCAGAAGAGGUGCGACGGAGAAUCAUUGAAGCCACCCGCGGCCUGCUUCGCAAUUCGAAGACCCGUGUGAAGGUAGUCUGCCUGGGCUGUGCGGGCAUGGCGGGUAUGGAAGAGGCUGUCCGCGAGGGCUGUGUUCAAGAAUACGGUGACCGCGAAGGCAGCCGUGUCCGAAUUGUGGACGGAGUUAUUGCAGGUGCCGGAAACCUCAUCACAGCUUUGAAGGCCGGAGAAAUCAUCACAAUCCAAGCCGGCCAGUGCGGCAACAACGUCGGCAGUCAGUUUUGGCAACAGCUGUGCCAGGAACAUGGAAUCAGCGCAGAUGGAAACUUGGAGGAGCAUGCGACUGAGGGCGCAGCCGGCGAUCGCAAAGAUGUUUUCUUUUACCAGAGUGACGACACCAGAUACAUUCCCCGGGCGAUCCUACUCGACCUAGAACCCAGAGUCCUGAACACUAUCCAGACCGGUCCCUACAAAAAUAUCUACAACCCCGAGAACUUCUUCGUCGGACAGCAAGGUAUCGGAGCCGGUAACAACUGGGGUACCGGAUAUGCCGCAGGAGAAGGUGUGCAAGAAGAGAUCUUCGACAUGAUCGACAGAGAAGCAGAUGGAAGUGAUUCAUUAGAGGGCUUUAUGCUGCUACAUUCAAUCGCCGGCGGUACAGGUUCUGGACUCGGCAGUUUCAUCUUGGAGCGCAUGAACGAUCGGUUCCCGAAGAAGCUCAUUCAAACAUACUCCGUUUUCCCGGAUACGCAAUCGGAUGUUGUCGUCAAUCCUUACAACAGCUUACUCGCCAUGCGACGAUUGACUCAAGAUGCCGAUUCUGUGGUCGUCUUGGACAACGGCGCUCUGUCGCGCAUCGUCGCAGACCGGCUCCACGUCCAGGAACCUUCGUUCCACCAGACUAAUCAGCUUGUGUCAACGGUCAUGUCUGCAUCUACCACCACUCUACGAUACCCCGGAUACAUGCACAACGACCUCGCAGGCAUCAUCGCCUCACUCAUCCCCACGCCACGCAGCCAUUUCCUCCUUACCUCAUACACGCCGUUCACAGGUGCCAACAUUGAACAAGCCAGGACAGUGCGCAAGACUACAGUCCUCGAUGUGAUGCGUCGCCUGCUGCAGCCCAAGAACCGCAUGGUCUCUGUUAACCCCAGCAAGUCCAGCUGCUACAUCAGUAUUCUCAACAUCAUCCAAGGCGAGGCUGACCCGACCGAUGUGCAUAAGUCCCUGCUGCGCAUUCGGGAACGCCGACUUGCAUCAUUCAUUCCGUGGGGCCCAGCAAGUAUCCAGGUCGCGCUUACCAAGAAGUCCCCUUACAUUGAAGAAACCGGGCACCGAGUCAGCGGUCUCAUGUUGGCCAAUCACACGUCGGUUGCGACGCUCUUCAAGCGCAUUGUCCAGCACUAUGACAAGCUGCGCAAACGCAAUGCUUUCCUGGAACAGUACAAGAAAGAAGCACCCUUUGCGGAUGGGUUGGGCGAAUUUGACGAAGCACGGGCGGUGGUGAUGGAUCUGAUCGGCGAAUAUGAGGCAGCCGAAAAGGACAACUACCUAGACCCGGAUGCAGGCAAGGCAAACGAGCUCGGAGUAUGA